UUUCUGUCAUCUUUAACUCUAUUCUCUGGUGGACUGCAUGAAAAUUAUGGAAACAUUAGUGCCAUUCCUCCUCACUGGAUCUCUGAUACAAGGUGGUUUUUGUGGCUUUAAUAUCAAUCUGCCGAAGAAAGUAGAAGCUCUGAAAGGAUCCUGUGUUUUCAUCCCCUGCACAUUUGAUAUUGAUCAGAAAUAUAAAGAUGACCUCACUGACAGUGCAAAGAGAAUGUGGUUUAAAGACGAAAGUACAGCUGUGUUUGACUCCAGCAGCCCCAACAAUGGACCAUUUAAAGGAGAAAUAUUUGGCACCGCUACACAGAAAAACUGCACCACACGCUUCGAUAAUGUUGAUCAGAGUCAUGAUGGCUCAUAUUACUUCAGACUUGAAGCCAAUGGUAAAUUGCAAUAUAACUACAAAGAACCUACACACUCCCGAGUUCAAAUGACCGUCUUAGGAUCUCCCCCCAAACCCACACUGAGCAUCUUUCCGGAUCAGCAGGAGACGACUGAGGGAAGUUCAGUGAGUCUGCGCUGCUCUACUAAGAUCUUCUGUCCGUCUCGUCCACCAUCUCUCACAUGGAGCUCAUCUCUCAUCGAGAGCAUCACAGGACAGCAGUAUCAGAGCCAAACUGAGCUCAUCUCUGAUCUGAACUUCACUGUUUCUCACCGUCAUCACAGAGUCACUUUCAACUGCACUGCAACACACCAGCUACAGCAGCCGAGCACAUCACAAGAGUCCCGUAGGCUACGUGUUCAGUAUGCUCCUAAAAACACAUCGGUGAGGAUAAAUCCAGCUGGUUUAGUUCUGGAGGGCCGUUCAGUGACUCUGAUCUGCAGCAGAUCUCCCCCCAAACCCACACUGAGCAUCUUUCCGGAUCAGCAGGAGACGACUGAGGGAAGUUCAGUGAGUCUGCGCUGCUCUACUAAGAUCUUCUGUCCAUCUCGUCCACCAUCUCUCACAUGGAGCUCAUCUCUCAUCGAGAGCAUCACAGGACAGCAGUAUCAGAGCCAAACUGAGCUCAUCUCUGAUCUGAACUUCACUGUUUCUCACCGUCAUCACAGAGUCACUUUCACCUGCACUGCAACACACCAGCUACAGCAGCCGAGCACAUCACAAGAGUCCCGUAGGCUACGUGUUCAGUAUGCUCCUAAAAACACAUCGGUGAGGAUAAAUCCAGCUGGUUUAGUUCUGGAGGGCCGUUCAGUGACUCUGAUCUGCAGCAGUGAUGCAAACCCAGCGGUGAACUACACCUGGUACAGAGACACUGAAAGACCUCUGAAUCCAGUUCAGACCGGAUCAAACCUGACCAUCAACAACACCGACCCGACACACAGUGGACGAUACUACUGUACAGCUGAGAACACACACGGGACACAGAACUCAUCAGUGCUGCUGGACGUUCAGUAUGCCCCAAAAAACACAUCAUUGUCAGCGUUUCCCUCCAGCUCAGUGAUGGAGGGCAAUCCAGUGACUCUGAGCUGCAGCACUGAUGCAAACCCAGCGGUGAACUACACCUGGUACAGAGACGCUGAAAGACCUCUGAAUCCAGUUGAGACCGGACCAAACCUGACCAUCAACAACACCGACCCGACACACAUUGGACGAUACUACUGUACAGCUGAGAACACACACGGGACACAGAACUCAUCAGUGCUGCUGGACAUCCAGUAUGCCCCAAAAAACACAUCAUUGUCAGCGUUUCCCUCCAGUUCAGUGAUGGAGGGCGAUUCAGUGACUCUGAGCUGCAGCACAGAUGCAAACCCAGCGGUGAACUACACCUGGUACAGAGACGCUGAAAGACCUCUGAAUCCAGUUCAGACCGGCUCAAACCUGACCAUCAACAACACCGACCCGACACACAGCGGACGAUACUACUGUACAGCUGAGAACACACACGGCACACAGAACUCAUCAGUGCUGCUGGACGUCCAGUAUGCCCCAAAAAACACAUCAUUGUCAGCAUUUCCCUCCAGCUCAGUGAUGGAGGGCAAUCCAGUGACUCUGAUCUGCAGCAGUGAUGCAAACCCAGCGGUGAACUACACCUGGUACAGAGACGCUGAAAGACCUCUGAAUCCAGUUCAGACCGGAUCAAACCUGACCAUCAACAACACCGACCCGACACACAGUGGACGAUACUACUGUACAGCUGAGAACACACACGGCACACAGAACUCAUCAGUGCUGCUGGACGUCCAGUUUGCACCCAAAAUCUCCAGCUCUUGCAGCCGAAGCAGUGUAAUGGCAUGUGUCUGUGAGGCUCAUGGGAAUCCCUGCCCUACACUAGAGUGGCGUCUGUCCGGAUAUGUGCUCGCUAACUCUACAGAAACCUCCAUCAGUGAGGAGACGUUAGGAAGCACAGGAGUGAAGAGCGUCCUGAACAUCCAUCAGUCCCUCACAGACACGGACGUCCUACAGUGUUUCAGCACAAACAAACACGGCAGCUGCAGCCAACAGUUUCAGGCCGUCCCACCGCCACAAGACACACGUUUCCAUCAUCCGUCGGUACUGCUCGGAGCUGCUGUCGGUGCAUCAGUGAUGAUGAUCGUGUGCAUCGUGAUGCUCUGCUAUGAACGAAGAAGGAAAGAAAAACCUUCAGAACCCAGACAAGACGACAGAUCUGGACUCAUUCUGACUCAAACAGCCGUUUCUCUGGAUAAUGACAGUGAGUUUGUUUAUGCCAAUAAAGGCAUGCGGUCAUCCACGGCACCGAGUGCACCUGAAUCUCUUCAUUAUUCCUCCAUCGACUUCACAAACGCUGACCCGCCGUCAGCAGAGAUCAGGGGCAUCGCCUCGCUGACCAGUGAAUACGCUGCGGUCCGACAGCGUCCUGCAGGAGCCGCAGACGCAGAGAACAACACCUCAACAUCUGAGACAGAGCCCAAAAAAACAGACAUGACGGCAAAGAUCCCGGACACGUCCUCACCGGCAUCAGAAGACGUGAUUUAUGGAAACAUGAGCCAUCGCUACAGACCAAAGGAAGCACUGGUCAGCGCAGAUGAUGCUGAAAAACAAGACUGAACCAAAACCUUUGAAUCUUUGAGCACCGAUUUAAGAGAUCCUUCAUCCAAAAAUAUCAAUUACAAACCUACAGAACUUUCUUUCAUCUGUGGAACAUAAAAGAAGAUAUUUUAAGUGUUUUUCCUCAUCGUUUUAACAAAAAGGCAAAUUUGCUGUUAAUUUACUCAUCCU